AUGGCAAACGGCAGUGGGAGCCAGAAGACGAUAAGGAAAGCCAUUGGGGCUCUGAAAGAUACAACCAAGGUUGGAUUGGUGAAAGUAAAUAGUGAAUACAAGGGAAUUGAUGUUGCAAUUGUGAAAGCGACGAGCCACGACGUCGUACUACCAAAGGAGAAACACAUCAGGACAAUUUUUAGUGCUCUUUCUGCAACAAGCCCUCGUGCCGAUGUCACACGCUGCAUUCAUCGCCUCAUCAAGCGCCUCUCCAAAACACAUAACUGGACGGUUGCGUUGAAGACGCUGCUAAUUAUUCAUCGAGCAAUUAGGGAAACUGAUUACAACUUCCCAGAGGAGCUGAUAAGUUACAGCCGAGGGAGCAAUUUGAUGCUGAACUUGUCUCACUUCCGAGAUGUCUCCACCCCAGAAGCUUGGGAUUACUCUGCUUGGAUCCGAUGUUAUGCCCUGUACCUCGAAGAGCGGCUCGAAUGCUAUCGAGUUAUGAAGUACGACAUCAACAGAGAUCAACUGGGAACCAAAAUGCUGGACACCCCUGGCUUGCUUGAGCAACUGCCUGCCAUGCAGCAAUUACUAUUUCGCCUUCUUGCUUGCAAGCCAGAAGGAGCAGCUUCGCGCAAUAGCUUGAUUCACUAUUGUCUUUCGAUAAUUGCCCGUGAGAGUAGUAGCUUGUACAUUGGCAUCAGCAAUGGAAUUCUCAACUUGGUUGACAGGUUCUUUGAGAUGCGACAUUCUAAUGCCACUAAAGCACUUGAGAUUUACAAGAGGGCUUCAAGUCAGGCGGAAAAAUUAUCGGAUUUCUUCCAAAUAUGUAGAGCUUAUGAUUUUGGUCACGAAUUGAGGCUUACGAAAAUCGAGCAGGCUCCAAAAUCAUUUGUGACCGCCAUGGAGGAUUAUGUAAAACAGAGUUCACCCAGUUCUUCGUUACAAAAUCGAACGGUAAGUACUUUUUUCUUCUUCUUCUAUCUAUACAAAGUUUGA